AUCAUAUUCCUGAAUCUGACCUGUUGUGAGCUCUGCAACUUCCAUAAAUUAAAGUCGCAAUUUGUUAUGUUCGAAAGGAAAACCAUGUUUGGCGUUGCUGCUCUUGGACUAUCCGCGGUUACUGGUUACGGUCUUUACAAAUAUGUUCGCGCAAGACAGAAGGCACAACAAAUAAAAGAUGCGAUUGAUGAUAUGGUAUGUUCGAGAAAAUCCUCAUUGAUUUUUGCUCCUUUUUGAAUUAUUUUCGUUUGAUCGUGCGGCUUAUGUAUACUUAGAAAUGAUUUUAAAAACGUUUUAAAGCUCAUUUUUGAAUUUUCGGGUCAGCCAUAGUGACCCAAAUUUCUUUGAACUGAUACGUGCUUACUUCGUAUCAUCAAAGCAUGAACUUUACGAACAUGUUUCUGACUAAAAGAAAUCUAUCCGCAAUAAAUAUACUUCGAGCUAGUCUUAGGUUUUAAUACGACGUUGUGUGUAUAAUUAGCAUAUUAAAUAGCCCUUGUUUGUCGUUUGGAGCCAAAAAAAGUGCUUGAGUUUUUUUCACGACUCUCGCGUCAAAAGAUUAUCCUUAAAAAAGCUAUUAUACCGAUUUAAUUUAAACGCACGUGUUGUCGUAAAGAAAGCCUUGUUAAUUGAAGUUCAAUUUUUGUUUUUGAGGCCAAAGGUUUACCAACGCAAUAAUUAUUUUAAUAUUGAUUUACCUCAGAGCUGAAAUGAGCAUCAACAGCUGGGCUAUGAUUGAUUUGUAUGUAGGAGGUGCAUGGUGGCAGACAGGGGGGAAAAUUGACAUGGGAGUAUCACCCUGAUUCAUAACAAUUUGAAAUUGUACUUGCAGAUGAAAAGUAUUGAUAAACCAAGUGUUUACAUCAGAGAUUCAGUCGGAGUGAGAGAUAAACUCAGGAAACUCUAUGAAAGUGGACCAGAAAAACUGCAGGUAUUUAAUGAACAUGUAGCAUGUAGCAUGGUCUCCCAAUCAGUUGUUUGUUGCCAUUGAUUAACUUGAAUUUUUUAUUCUGGAAUUUGAUCGUAACCAUAUCUUUAACAAAAUUAACUGAGUGGAGAAUAUUACUUACACAGUGAUUGAAUAUCUCAUAGGUCAUCUCAGACUUCGACAAGACUCUCACAAAAUUUGUUGUCAAUGGUGAAAAGGGCUGUACUGCGUAUGGUGAGAAGCUUUCCAUGGUGAUAUUAGUCAGUAAAACAAUAUUACCCAGUCUGCCCUCUUUUUAAUAGGGAAAAAUUUCUAUCGGGGAGACACACAUUACUGAGGCUCUCUUAGGGUGGGUAUGUGUUUCCGUAGUCUGAAUUUUAAAACUUGUUGUUUUGUGUAUUGAGGAGGAAGCAAGCCCUGGGAUCUCAUGGUAAUAAUCGUGUCCUGUACCCUAUCCUUACCUUGGUUGAGGAAGCCUUGUCGCUGUCAGUAAAAAGAUUAUCCCUACUUUGCUCGACCAUAUUUGGCACUUGACCAAUAUUUGGGUAUAGGUGAGCUGCUGAGGGUUUGAAAGCCUGACCCUGUUUAGUACAAAAAAUUCCCAAAAUACAUACCCUCUUUAGGCCAAAGGACAAAAUGCAUGGCAUCUUGUUUUAAAGCCAUUUAUCGGCAAGUACAAUAGAGCAAAUUCACGAUAUAGUCAUUCCUUUUGAGUACAAAAUUCAUCUAGGAAAUCAAAUCAGUUGUGCAGGAUAUACCCUGUUUAGGACAGAAUCACACAAAAUUAUCUACCCUAUUUAGGACAGAGAGGUAAAAAAUCAUACCCUGUUCAGUGGCACAUGCCGUUUAAGGGGGUACCCCACACGCCCUCCACCUGGGGGUCCCUCCCUACCGUGGCCAUACUGCCAAACAAUUAUAAAUUUUAUACUUUUAUUUGCACAGGAGUCAUUGAGAGCUACAAGAAUUUUCCAGAAUCAUACAGAGAAAAGGUGAUUUGUAAGAGUCCAUUAAAUUCCAGUUUGUAAUAUAUAUACAUUUAACCAAGAAUUAGGCAACGUUGCUACAACUAGUACUGGAGAACAGCAGCAGAUCGUCCCUACAUUGCAGUGGCUUACCUAAAGCAAAAGACUUUUGGGUGUAUCCCACUGUUUUUUGAACCAAACCAACAAGAAAAACAUUUCUUUGACUGACCCUCCUCCACAGCUUUGACAAGAGCAUUGUAGAAUGACUACUGAAUUUUUUUUGCAGGGAGAGCAUCAAUAAUUAAAAUAAGCUUAGCGAUUUAAAAAAAACUGUACUUUCCACUACAAACAAAUCAAUUCAAAGUACACAGACUGCAAAUUAUAGUAGUAGCUAAAAAAUGUAUCUACGUGUCCCAACUUUUCAUCAGUAUAGGAUGCCUAAAAUGCAUGCAAUUCCACAAUUGGUUUCGGCUUCAUUAAAUCCUAUGCCAAUUACAGAACAUUUUAGGAAAGCUCAGUGCUCUAAGGAAAUCGAAAGAGAUUCCAAAUGCCCUAAACUUAUGAAAUCCAUGGUUAAUUGAAUCCCAUAACUUGGUUAGGAGACAAAGGAAAUUGAUAGCUUCAUUUAUAAAUCUAAAUCUGGAGCAAAGUGAUCAUUAUAGUUUAAAAUAGAUAUUAAUUGUUGGUUUGUUUUGGAAUGUGUGAGUUGAUUGUUGACUGACUAUAGUAUUAUUUUGUUUCAUUUUUUUUAGGCAAAAGAGCUGAAAGAAAAGUAUAUGCCGAUUGAAUUUUCUGGGUCAGUAAUUUUACUACUAUUUAAGUUUGGACUUAAGCAAACAACUUAAGCAAAAUUGAGUUAUUUACGAUACUAUUAACCAUAAAUGAAAAUUAUUUCUGUAAUUUUCCAGUGUGUUUAAAUGCAGAUGUUAAUGAAUAUAAAAUAAAAACUUUGUAUUGACUUUUUCAAUUUUUUAUUUUCUAGAGACAUCUCAUCUGCAGAGAAAGAACCUCUUAUGAUAGAAUGGUAAGCUUGCAUAAUCAAUGGUAUUAUCCUGGUUUUGUAGAUUCUCCUGGUGAAAAGAAAAUGGUUCAAAAUAAUAAUAACCAUUAUUACAUUAAAAGAUUACAUUGUCGUGCAGUGGAAGGGAAGUUUGCCUUGGUUUUAAUUAUCCCUAAAGUUAAAAAAAAAUCACUGGUUUGAAACCUGGGAUUCUGUAGCAUAUAUGACAUUUAACUGCAGGGAGUCUCCCAAACAUGGCACCUGAAUCUCAUGAACUCUCGUACAGGUCAUCAAUCUCCCAGAUAAAAUAAAGUUUUGAGCUUUUCUGUGCUUGAAAUUUAGCCCAUUUUUUCCCUGAAAAUUUGGACUUUUUAAUUAAUAAUAUUGUACGGUUUCUGCGACGUAGUUGCAUGUAUUUUAGUCACUGACAAAGAUUAUUUCAUCAUUAGAAUGAUGAAAGCAGAUUUUGAUGGCAUGUACUUCAUGCAAGACUUCAUAUGGUGGCUGGGUCAUUUUUUGGUUGGGGGAGUGGAGGUGGUAGGGCUUUUAACUUUUGGGGGAGGGGCUGGGGUGUAGUGCAAAAUAGAGAGUCUCCAGAUUGUAGAUCUCCAGAGGUUGGCUUCUCUGUGCACUAUGAUGGACAAUUGUGAUAAUUUUAGUUUUGAUUUAUACAUGAAUAACUAGGUGGACUAAAGCUCAUGAACUCAUUACUGAGCUUGGUUUGAAGAAGGAUGAUAUCACACAGGUAGUGGAAGAUUCUCCCAUUGCAUUGAGGUAGGAAAGACUUACUAGUUGGCCGCCACAAACAUGUUGUUUAAUCUGUUCUCUUGGAACCUUUUUAUCUUACAGGUGGACUAAAGGAAAUGAACUCAUUAUUGAGCUGAAAAUCAAGCAAGCGCAAAUUCCUGAAAUAGUUAAAGAUGCGCACAUCGCGUUGAGGUAUCUGUGAUCAAGCAAAGAAGCAAUGCUUUAUUGCCAAAUUGCAUUUCUUAUUUUCACCACAAACAGAAUUGUAACUUUUUUAUUGCACCUGGCAUGCAUUUAUACUGACUACUAAAUUUUAUGUUUACAAAAUUCAAAGCACUAAAUGAUGGCGAUUUUAAAUAUAAAUGGAAUGAUUUUCAAUUUGAAAUACAGCUCUUAAUGAGUAUUUAUUUCCUUAUAAGAGUAUCAGGUUUGUUUAUAUUGUCAUUGAAUGAAAUAUACCGUAAGAAAGUCUUUGUGUAUUCAGCCCCUGACUCACUCAUUGGGUCAGAGUGAUUUUUGUUGCAGCCAUCUAACAUCAUCAACACUGGAAUGAAAAUGGAGAAAGCCAUGCAACAUAGUAAAAGUGUUAUUAACAAUAACAUUCCCAUUAUUGAGUUAUUAAAAUAAUAAAAUAAAAAGGAUAUGAAAUAUAAAUUUAAUGCCGAUAGUUGUAGAAUUUUCAUAAAUCAAAAGGUAUAAUAUAAUUUGGUAACAUAACGUGAAAUGAACAGGAACUAAUAAUUAUUUAUUGCUAAUCAAAAAUAUUGUGCCUGUGUUAUUCAUUAAACUAAAUUGAGUUAGGUAAAAUUUGAUAACUAAUUAAAAGUUAAAACUAAGCUGCUAAAUAGAAGUUUUACUAUAUUUGUAGUUAAGUAAUUAAGAUUUUAGCCUUUUAAGCCCCAAAAUUAUCCACAUACAAAUUCUCCAGACCUAUCUCAGUUAAGAGAAUUUGUUUUAAGAUCAAACCAUUUUCCUCGGAUGAUUAUUUUAUUAAAUUCUCACCACCUUUUCUUUUGAUGAUGUAUUGAUAUAAUUAGGAGAAAAUUGAUGUUGAUCAUUCCUGGGACUUAAAGGGUAACAUGUGAAAGGUGGAUAGUGCCCUGGGGGACGGGAGGGGGGGGGACUCCCAUAUAAAAGUGACAGGUAUGCUUGUCGUCUUGCUUUGGGGUGUAAAUUGCAGAUUUUGGUCUCACUUAGGGUGUUUGGGAUGGAAAGUCACUUAAUUUGCCCAUUCAGGUAGCGCUAAGUACUAUGCAUAAAGAAAUUUACAAAAAAUGCACUGACACUGACCACAAAGAAAUCUCCCGUAAGGGUCAGUUUAAGUUUGAGUCACACCCACACUGGUCUCCCUUAGGGGUUUAAUUGAAACUUUCCGAUAAGCAUCUCCAUCACUUUUCUAUGGGAGUCCCCCCCCCCCUGAGGAUAGUGCUAGCCAAUAAAUAAUCCAAUCAGUUUCCCUAAUGCUUAUCCAGUGGGUAGCACUAUCCAAGUACCACUAAGACCUGGAGAAUAAUGUGGACGUUUAAUAUCUCUCUUUGUGUGUCACCUUAAUUUUUGAUUUUUGCCCUACAGAGAUGGUGUUGAGUGGUUAUUUGUCAAGUUGCAUGAGAAGCAUGUACCCCUUCUCAUUAUAUCGGGGGGUCUUGGAGGUAUGAUGAAAGUGCAGAAUAUUUUUAUAGCAGGGCUGUCAUUAAGAGGCGGGGACUGGGGAUUUCCCCCGGUUAUUAAUUAGAACGUGGCCCCCGUGAUUCUCCGCCUACUUGUUGUAUUUACCUGGCUACUUAAAAUCUUAGUGACAGCCCUGACAAAGGUACUGUAUUUCCUCAAAUAAUAGCCAGGGGUGAUUAUUUCUUUUUUUGGACAAAAAGGGGGUGAUUAUUCAAGGGAAGGUGAUUAUUCGAGGGAGGCGAUUGUUUAAAAUAUUGCUCUCUGGAAGUCAUGCCCUAAAUAUUUUGUUUUAUUUUUUCAUUAAAUCAAAAAAUAAUCUCAUCAAAUAAACUGAACACGGGCUUUUUAAGUGUUCCAAAUGUAGUUCCUUAAUUAAUUUUCAGAGCUUGAAUCUUGCCGGAUCACAUUGCACUUCAACUUAACAGGGAGGGGAUAAAAGGAGGAGAAGAUGGAGAGAGGGGUGGGAGGGAAGCAUUACUCAAGGGAGGCGAUUAAUUGAGGGAUGGCUAUUAUUUGAGGAAACACAGUGUUUACACAGAAACUUGAAAUCUUAGUGACAGUCCUCAGACAAAAGUAUGCAAUGUUUAAGUUGACUGGCUGUCAAAAAGUGAAUUUUUACAUCAGUUGUCUCCGUUCAUCAGUAUACAGUCCAGCUAGCAUACUGUUGGCUGAGACUUUUUAUCAAGAGUUAGCCAGCAGACUUUUAGAGGAGCUUCUCUUCACUUUUUUCAUUUUAAACUCCCAAAGAAAACAAGAAGCAACAUGGCUUCCGGUAAUCAGGUUAGAAAUAUUACUGAAAAUUAAGCCUAAGGGAAAGCAAAAUUAGUUUAAGUUAAGUGGGGAGUUCGAGUUAGCAGCAAGGUUCUGCUGUUUUGUUCUCAAGCCUUUUUACAAGUUUGUGCAUGUUUUUGUUUCCAGACAUUAUCAAGGAGGUCAUUGAUCAACAGAGUACUAUCUAUGACAAUGUUACCAUUGUGGCCAACUUCUUCAGAUAUGAGCAGGUUAGACACUUCCCAAAUCUUGGGCUUCUUCUACUAAUAUUGCCUUAAUCUCCCAUCCUUAACUUCCUUGGGCGUAGCCAGCUUUAUACUUGUUGUAGGCCAGGCUGACUGCCAGUUGGAACUUCAUUUUCAAAUAUCCUGAAACGUUCUUGUUUGUAUAAAUUCUGUUGAUUGCACUCAUGACUAAUACGCACUGACCUCACCAUCACUCUGAGCACUUGAGCUCUUUUGCUCGACCCCAAAAUUUGUAGACCUGUGCCCACCGGUCUAUGGGCUGGCCACGCCCCUGACUUCAGGAUCAUGCGUUUCAGUGAAUUACCUGAAACAAAUGGCCAGCUAAAGGACAGCUGUGUUCAAACAUGUGACCCUAUAGGAAAUUGGUUCUACAGUGGAAUAACUAAGAGUCACUUUAGGGAAUUUGAAUUUGCUGCUUAAUAAAUGAUGAUUUUUUUCCUUAUUUUAAAAUACCAGGGAGUGAUGGUUGGAUUCAAGGACAAGCUUUUGUUUAGUAACAACAAAAGAGAGAUGACAAAAGAUUUGGAAUUUUUCAACAGAAAUAAGGUAAGUUAUCUAUAAUCGACCACCACACAACAGACUGCCACUGUUAAUUAUUAGAUGUGAUCAAAAAAAUGUUGUUGAUUAAAAAGUACAAACCAUGAGCAACGAGACGUCAAGGAUUUAUGGGUUUAUAUUUAUUAGCAAAGCAAAUUCAAUUUGCUUUAGAAAAGCUCACAUUAUACUGAUUGUCACAGGCUUCUUGCGUGUAUGAAAAUCCCGGAUCAUUAUACGUUUCUGGGAAACUGCCCACCUACCCCUCCCCUAAGCCAACAUUAACACUUAAUUUCACUUAGAGCAAAAUGUUGACCUUGGGGAGGGGUAGGUAGGCAGUUUCCCAGAAACAUAUAAUGAUCCAAUCCCUGAUCAUGGGUUACUUUCUUCAAGGCUUGCCAUUUUUAGCUCUUCCCAGAAAAUUUUUAGGUCUCAUCUUAUGAUUGUCAAGUGUACAUUUGCGAUGUGGCUACUCAAUGUAUGCUUGAUAACUAGAGAGAUCUCUAAAGAAAUGGUAGACUGCGAGCUCUCUCUCUUUUACUCGAGAAUCUGUAAGCUUUUCGCUCGUAUCCGUGCCUUCUCAACUCGCGCCCUCGCAACUCAUGCAACUUUGCUGCUCAAGUACUCUUGCUUACAGAUUUUUGAGAAAAAGAGAGACUGCUCGUAGUCUAAAGAAACGGUGCCCAAAGGUGAAGGUAGCAGCCUAUCUCUCAGAAAACCUCAAAACUGUUUGAACCUUUUUGGUUGGACUCUAAGAGGGGUUAGUCUCCUAUGCAGCUGCUCUUUGUGUUGUCACACAUAAUUUGUGGGAAGAAUUGUUUGUUGACGACACAAAGAAUGGCUGUGUAGCCCAGGCCAUGGACUAGACAGGAGUAUGAAGAACAUUCCACUCAGCAAACAGGCUAACCAGGCAGCAAAUGUUUUGCGUUGUAUGUUUAACUUUUUGUUUUUCUUAACUGACUGCAGGACCGCACCAGUGUGAUUGUGAUGGGUGACCUGCCAGAGGAUACCCAUGUUUCAUCAAGCCCUAAAAAUCCUGAAGUUGUCCUUACCAUUGGCUUUUUAAAUGACAAGGUGGGAAACUUAAGUUGUGGGACUUAAAGAGUUAAAUAAUUAUGUUCUUCUUAUUGGGGUUCUCAGUUUCAUAUGCUGUACUGUGACAAGCUGGGGGAAAUAAAUCUGACCAUUUUUAUUAGUUUUUCUGUUUCUUUGAUUUGAAAAUACAUGUGUUUUUUCUAUAGGUCAAUGAGAAUCUUUCCAACUACAUGGACGCAUUUGACAUCGUCAUUGUGGAUGACCACAGCAUUGAACUAGUUGAUUUGCUACUGGUGCCAAUUUUAAGGGCUUAAAAUUAUAAAAAUCCUUGUGCACAGAAGGCAGUGAAUCUCAGCAAGUCUUAGGUAGUUUUGGCAGUUUGCAGUCUAGCUUGCUUGAAAGCAAUGCAUAAUGACUCUUUCAAUCAGAAGGAAGGUAGACAGUUAACUAGAGAUGGGAGGUACAUUCACAGGAUAUUACUUCAAGAGAGUGAAAAAAGGUUUGUAUUUCUAGUGAGGAAAAGGCACAGUAUUUGGUUUGGUCAGCACUGUGUUGUUGCGUUAAGGUGUGGGUAUCUUUUUUGUCGUCUUUUGAUUAUUUUAUUUUAGAAAUAUUAAUUGUUACCAUGUGGCAUGAAAUUUUUGCGGGUUCUAAUUUUUGUGAUAUUUCCAGCGAUCCGCAAAAAUAAGUUCCCACAAAAAUUAAUUACCGCGAACAUUUUUCCUACAGCAUUUUACUUCACAGUAAAUAUUCUGUAACUUAAAUUUGCUACACAAAAAUACAGUACUAAGAAAUUGUGUCUGUUCAAUUCCAACUUGUCUCUUUUGUUUGGAAACAAAAUGAUUACAUUGACGAGCAAAACUGUCACUGGUUUUACAUAGGUUACGCACACCAUGGUAUUGUUUAAAAAUAUGUAUUUCCAUUUCAUGUACUCAAUAAAAACCAAAAUAUAUCAAUAAUUUGUCCAGGACUUCUGAAAAUUGCAAUAUUAAUUUCCAUCGAGGGAAACUAAUCUGUCCUUAUUGCAAACAUUAGUUCCUGCAAAAUGCAAAAAAUCGCCAAUCCACAAAGAUAAACUCCCACAAAAAUAUCACGCCACACGGUAUUCCAUUAAUGUUAACACUUCCAAGAACACUAAGAAACUACUUGGUGAGUGUUAAGAAUAAUAAUAUAUGAUAAUAUUUUCAUUUUGUCAUUAGAAUCUUGGGAAUACUGAAAAACAGAUAGAUACUUAAAGUUAGGGAGUUGUUGUAUUUAAAUAAUGUGGAAUAAACUGCAGAACUGAUGGUGGGGUUCUGAGGUUUUAUAGAUAUUUUCUGCAACAACAGAACAUAAAUGGUUGUACGGCUGUAGUUAGUUUUUGACUUAAGUAGUGAAUUUUGUAUGAGCAAAAGUUCCAGGAGUAAUGUUUUUUGUCACUUUUCUGCAUUAAUAUACAGUAUUGUAUUUUGACUACGGC